UGAACGUGCCACACUUGACCUUCAAACAAUCAGUUGUGAUCAGAAUUCUAGAGAUGUCUUGUGCAUGAACAGGAGUACAUUUUACUUGCGCGGUGCUGGUGGUUUCUCCAAGUCAUCUAAACCAUAUGAAUAUGCUAACUAUUCUCCCAACCAAAGUUCUGUCAAGAUCCCAGAUUGUAAACCUUCCUUUGUUUACGAGGACAUUACCAAACAGUCCCAGGCGCUUAUUUACCGUCAGUGUGGUGACUAUAACCCAUUAUAUUCAGAUCCAAGGGUAGCAAAGAAAGCUGGGUUUCCCCAUCCAAUUCUUCAUGGCCUGUGCACCCUUGGGUUUGCAGUUAGAGCUGUCACCAUGUUCUGCUGCAAUGGAGAACCAACUUUGGUGAAAAGAAUUUUUGGCCAAUUCCUUAGUUCUGUGUAUUCAGGAGAGAUUUUAAUCACCGAAAUGUGGAUCACAGGCACAAAGGUGAUAUAUCAGACAAAGGUGAAAGGAGAAAACGCUCACAAGGUAGUGCUGUCCGGGUAUGUAAUUCUCAAGGAUAUUCGUUGAUCGAUGAUCCUUGUAAAUCAUGGAGGUUGUAAGAAGCAAAGCUGGUGUAUAAUGCGAAUUUUUUACAGUAUUUUGUGUGUUUGUCAUUGACUGAGAAUUUCAUUGGCUUGUUACAUACAAUAAUGCCAAUCUUAUUAGGUGUUGUAUUAGGCCUGGAUUUGACCUGUUUUUCAUUGCAUCGCGUAUGUAUGGUUUGUAUGUGUGUGAUACUGAAAUUAUGAUAUUUGGUUUUUAUGCUUGAUACAUAUUUUAUUGGGAAAA